UGACAACCCGCAGCACCUUCCGAUGCGACACAAACGUUAGUUAACGAUACGCGCGCAGACGUAGUUGGACGAAUCUGACUUGACGAUCCGCAAGCUUUCAAACAAAAACAAAUACAACAACACGCUUCCCCCGCUCUCCUUUCUUUCUUUCUUUAUGUAUGCCGCCGUGGACGUCGAUACGUGAAAGUCCGACCAACACUGCGCGCGCCAAACAUCGACCGACCGAGAACGAUCGCUCCCGCGCCCUUGUACAGUACAUAAACGAACCGAUACCGCUCUUGGCAUAGAAUAGAUAUUACUCCUUAACGAACGACGAACGGACUGCAGCCAUCGUUGCACGCCUCUCCUCGCAGUCGCAGCAUCGCCCUCUCCCUCCCACCCCCUGACAACACCUCCGCCCCUCGACCCCCCGCAGCCGCAGUCGCAGCGAUGUCCUUCGGCAGCUUCCAGUCCAUGUGCGAAACGGUGCCGAUACCGCUGUGCGCGUUAGUCGGACCGUACGACGGCUCAGCCGACCGGCCAGGAAUCGAGGCGCGGUGCUUCUCGCGCACGAUUGAGGCCGCAAAUACCAUCAUAUUUCAGGCCGCAAGCGACUUUGUUCACAUCGGCGCUCUCAUCAUGUGCCUCAUCAUGGUGUUUCAUGUCAGGUCGAAGUUUACGGCUGUUGGUCGUAAGGAAAUCACGUCGUUCUUCUACCUCUUCAUGCUACUCACCAUCUUCUCGCUGUGCCUGGACUCCGGCGUGAUCCCGAUCGGCUCCAAAACAUAUGCGUACUUCGUCGCGGCGCAGGCGGGACUGACCUCUGCGACGUGCACCUGUCUCCUGAUCAACGGCUUCAUUGGCUUCCAGGUGUACGAGGACGGCACGACGCUCUCCGUCUGGCUGAUGCGCAUCUGCUCGCUGGUGAUGUUCAUGCUCACCGGCGCCAUCGCCGUCUGCACCUUCAACGGCUACGGAGGCCUCGACCCGACAAAGACCACCGCGCUGUUCGUGCUCAUGUACGUCGUCAACGCGCUGUUCUUGUUCAUCUACGUGUGCUGCCAGAUCAUGCUGGUGCUCGGCACCCUCGAGGAUCGCUGGCCGCUGGGUGAUAUCGCUUUUGGCGUGUUUUUCUUCGCCGUGGGACAGGUCUUGCUCUACGCUUUCUCCGACAAGAUCUGUGAGGAGGUGAACCACUACCUGGAUGGAAUGUUCUUUUCGUCUAUCUGCAAUCUGUUGGCUGUGAUGAUGGUGUACAAGUACUGGGACUCCAUCACCAAGGAAGACCUCGAAUUCAGCGUCGGCACGAAGACCAACAUCUGGGAAGUGAAGGAGCCACUGCUCGACGACAGCGACCGCCGAGCAACGAUCUACGACCAGGGCCCGCAGAGCGACUACGGAGGUUCAUACAUGGGCGGCGGCGGCAACCGCCACAGCCAGGGCUUCUACACCGACCGGUACUAAUACCUCUCACGCUCUUACUCGGUUGGUUUUGUGUCUUCAGUUUUUGUGUCUUCAGUUUUUGUGUCUUCAGUUUU